AAUAAAAAGAGUACGGGUCUCGUGGUCGUCGGUUUUCUGUUCGAAGAGAUCGUUCGCAAGACAAUCGCAAACAUUUUUUUACCGAGUGUCCGCCGCGUACGGCGUUCAACGGCACGGGCAUGGUCCGUCGCACCGUGUUACUGUUGGCCAUAAUCGCUGUGCAAUCGUACUUGGCGUUCGAGGAAGUCCGGUCGAUUUGGUUCGACGACGACUACGACCACCACUACAGUGCCAGUAUGAACUCGCUGUCGAUGAACGCAAUCAAUGCGAUCAGCACGCUGCUGACUGUCGUGUUCGGCGUCCGACUCCGGCGCAUCCAGCAUUCGCUGAGCCGCAUGGAAAGGUCGUUACAGACCAAAGGCGACGCGGACGGCGGCCAAUGCGUGGACGUCGUUACGUCCGGCUUCAGGUCGAUCGAAUACCGAGCGCCCGCCUGGCUGGCUCUGGCCGUCGUCGUGUUCGGUUACCUCAAGUACGGUAUGCUGAUGAAGCACGGCCGGAAGACCGCGUUCAGGUCGGCCACGGUGGCGUUGCUCAGCACGAUAUCGAUUGCCGGCAACUAUUACGUGACGCUCAAGUUUGUGGAUCACGUGUAUUUCGCCAAAAGAGUGUUGAACAAACUGAAUGUCCAGAUAAUGGAUACACUCGGCUCGAUUUCGGCAUCGUUUCUGUCGGGGUUCUCCGUGUCUACCGCACGACUUGCGUACCUAGAAAUAUGUGACGUUUGCACAAUGCUGACGAAAACGUUCCAAACACAAUUGUUCAUCAACAUCGUGGGCAACGUGUUUGGCGUCACGUUCAUGAUGCUCUCCGCGUUUAACACGCUCAUGUCCGACGGUGCAAACAACAUCCGAAUCACGCUGUACUUUCUUUAUGAAUCACUGAUACGUACGCUGCAGAUGUACUUCAUCAUUGACGCUUGCCAUACGACCGUCGAACAGGCGAAUAUCAUUAACAUCACAUUUCAGAAGAAAAUUAAUGAAUAUAAUCAAGUAAAUCUCAUAAAAAAAAAGAUACAAUUAUUCAUUUUGGAGAUGGUGGAUCAUAAAAUAGAAUUUGUUAUUUAUGGUUUUAUUUGUCUGGACUUUGAAAUGUUUGUAUCGAUAAUCGGUACUAUAGCUACGUAUUUCCUAAUUUUGGUUCAAUUAGGAUCUUCGCCUGACGUCUUGGUAAAUACGUCAAAUAUAACGACAACAACAACACCCAUUGUAACCAAUAGAAUAUCAAAAUAA